GAGGGAGGAGGCGGGUGAAGAGGAAUGCAGAGUAGGGAGAGAGAGGGAGAGAGAGAGAGAUGGACAGAGAGAGGGAGAGGGAGAAAUGAGGGGAGUGAGGUUAUAGUCUUCAUCCAAAGACAAUAACAGACAAUAACAGGGAAAUGAAAGGAACAAGCUAAAGUUGUGAUGGAGCUGGACAGAGGGCGAGGUUAGGGACAGAGAAGCUACAGAAUGUCUCACGAGUCUGUUGGAGCCCUGAGGAUGGGAUCAGCAGGUGGAAGGCAUCUUGUGAACUCAGAGCACACCACAUCACAACCGCCUCGUCUCCUCAACAAGGCGGCUCAUUCGCCUUCCCUCGCAGACUUUGUCACGGACGCUCCGGAGGGGUCGAAGGGACGGUGAGGUGGACGGCACCACGGACGCUGCCACGUGACCGCAUUUGUUCCCUGAAAUAGAGUGACCGCUCACGGCGGAAUCUGGCAGCGCCUCGCCACUAUUCUCUCCCACAUCCUCCGCAUUGUGAGCCACCGGACAGCUCUCCGAUUUCCCCCCGUCACAUGGCGCGGCCAGGUAUGCUCCCUCAGCGAAGUCCAGCUCCAGCUGGGGUGGGGGUCAGAGGUCAAGAUUAACGUCCACAGAGAGGACAGGAGGCGGACGGCUCCAGGAGGAGGAGCUCUCCCUGGCCUGGCCCUAUGGACACCUGCUGGCGAUUGGUCACUUCUGACUCAGUGACAUGGUGAUUUAUCGGCUCGUCUCCUCAAACUGACCAUAUAAUCCCGGGUCACUUCACAUCCACUUUUUUCCCCCUUGUGGAUUUUGAGGAAAACGUCUGGGUGUGCAGGUUCUAAAUGUCAAUGUGAGAAGUCCCACUGUGUGACUGCAAUACUUAGUAUUUUUUUUCUUUUGGUAAGAUUUUGUUCCUGGGAUCGUUUUGGACGUGUUUUGAGUUUCUACAGUGUGUAUGUGUGUGUGAGUGUGUGUGUGUGCGUGUGUACAAUCGCGCAUGUGAGUGUCUGUGUGGGGGGGGGCAUACUGAUUGAGGGUUUUUCCAUCACAGCGCUGAUGCAUCGAAGUAUCACAUUGUCACGAACUGGAGAGUCUUUGUUGUACUGUACACGUUCAGGGGAGAGGAAAAAAAACUUCCCGUUCCACUCUGCUUUUAUCUGACCAAAGGAGCCUUAUCUUGUUCAGAUGAAGAUGGGAGAGGGGCAGGACAACUAGGAGCACGAGGAGAGGAAAAAAACCCAGAACACACACUCAAGUUCCAGAUAGAAAAGGAAAAAAAAGAAAACAACACAAGGAGAUAUCGACGAGGACAUGGAACUCUGUGUCAGCACGAAGACGAGCUCCACUGGGAGUCAUUAAAUUGGAAGCUUAUGUCCAGAGCAGGAGUGAGCGUGCGGUGGCCCGAAGGGGACAAAAAGAACAGAAGCAGAGGUGUCGUGAGGGAAGCGAUCAUGCCCGAGAACAAACCUGCGGUGUGCCGGACGAGCAGCUCCCUCUCGCACUCGGCUUACAGGAAGAUUAAGAGAGUGUUGAGUUUCCGAAGGCGUGUGUUUGGCCAGCGUUUGGAGGAGACGGUGCUGUACGAGCGGCGGUAUGGGGUGCACAUGGCCCCUCUGGUGGUGGAGCAGUGUGUGGACUUCAUCCGCGAGCGCGGCCUCACCGAGGUGGGUCUGUUCCGGCAGCCGGGCCAGGCCACGCUUGUCAAGGAGCUGCAGGAGGCCUUCGACGCCGGGGAGAAACCCUCCUUCGACAGCAGCACUGAUGUCCACACAGUGGCAUCUCUGUUGAAGCUGUACCUGAGGGAACUUCCUGAACCUUUAGUGCCAUUCUCACGCUACCCAGACUUCCUCAUCUGCGGCAAGAGAAUCUCCGGGGACAAGAAGCAGGGAUUGCUUGAGCUGAGGAGUCUGCUUCAUGACCUUCCUGUGGCUAACUUUAACCUGCUGAACUACAUUUGCCAGUUUUUGAGUGAGGUUCAGACUUACUCCAGCAGCAACAAGAUGAGCAUUGAGAAUCUGGCAACUGUUUUUGGACCCAACAUUUUACGGCCUAAAGCAGAGGACCCUGAGAGCAUCAUUGGAGGGGCAGCUGUGAUCCAGCACCUGAUGUCUGAGCUCAUUAGGGAGCACAGCCUGCUCUUCUCCAAAGACAGGGACACUGAUGAGCCGAGGAUCUCCAGACCGGCUCCCCUGUCCCACCGACACAGCAACCAGGCCGAGUGGAUGUGCACCGAGCUGGACCCCCAGGAGUGUGACUCCCAUCUGGGGCUGGCCGCCGACUGCCUGCCCUCGCCCCACCCCCAGGCCUCCACGCCGUGCUCACGCCAGCUGUCGCUCCCGCUGACCACCGAGAGGCGGGUGUCGUCGCACAGCCCCCGGGAGAGACGGAUGUCGCCGUUUGUGACCGAGACCGUGGCGUGUCAGCUGUCCGUCGCCUCGGCCAUGGGGCCCGGUCUGGCCGACCCGCAGAACUUCGAAGUCCCGUCGAAGGGCCAAUCCCCUCAGGAACUCGUCCCCUCCCCGGCCACCGGUCCACCCUCUCCCGCUGCCUCCUCCCAGACGGUCGUGCUGGAGGUGCCGUCGCAGCAGGCGGCGGACUGGUCCGGCGCGGAGGAGGAGCCCAGCUGGACGGCGGAGAAGGACCAGGCGGGGAACAGCGGCAGCAGCGACGCGCAGGAGGACAGCACGCUGUCCGUCUACGACAACAUGGACACUAUGAUGACAUUCCUCGUGGCCAGCGGCGGCGGUGGUGGCGGUGACGACGCGGCAGACACGGGCAGCGCCAUCGGCAUGGCCGAGGCCGAGGGGGGCACCAGCGCGGCCGGCAGCGCCAGCUCGUGGUCGUCCUGCGAGGUCCUGCUCCAGGACUCCGUCGCGCGGAGCGGGAGCGCCGGUCCCACCAGCCCGUGCCAAGCCUCGGUCAGCUUCCCCUCGCUGUUUCGGGAGGACCGCGAGGACGGGGACGUUCACCUCAACUCGCCCGCCUCGUCCUCUGCCCCCACCGAUGCCCCGCUGAGCACGGGCAGCAGCGAGGUCUUCCUGCCCUCGGCCCCACCAGACCCCCUUAUGCCCCCCACUGCCACCCACGCCAUGCACUGCCUCCUCGCUGGACUGAGACAGCAGAUGGCCAGGCAGAGAGCCGAGUAUGAAGCCAGGAUCCAGAGGUUAGAGCGUAAGAACGAGACGCUACAGACGGAGGUGGAGGGCCUCCGGUCGAGCCUUGAGCAGCAGCGGCGGUGGUUCAGCGUGGCCGAGAUCAAGAUGCGCAACGUGGAGCGCGCCCGCGCAGACGCCGACCGCCGCAACGCCGCCCUCCAGAAGGAGAUGGAACAGUUUUUUGACACGUUCGGAGAUCUCACCACCGAGGCGAAGAAAACCGAGCGCAUCAUACAGAGCUUCUGAUCUUUGGCCGUCAAACUGCCUUUACUGACCCAGUCAAUAACUCAAAACACAGGCCAAGGUGUUAGUGGUCAAGGGCUGCCUUUUAAAAUCCCCAAACCAGCUAAGUUUCAACUCACUUUGUAAUGGCCUACUGUCACACGGAUACUGUAAAAGCCAACCUGCCUGCCGUUCUCGGGUGGGACCACUCAAGCUACAUGGAAUACUCUCCCCACAAGAUGAGGGGAUCGGCAUGACUUGUAGAAGGGUGUGAUGAACUAAGUCCUGGGAAGCUGUUGCUGCAGCUGUUGCAGUUAUAAGAUGAUAGAAGCAUGGAUCGGAUUACUGGUUAUUGGACUGCUUUUUGCUACAGAUAGCCUACAGACAUGAGGGAUAGACCUAGACCUGCUUGAAAUCACAUGUAGCCUACAGUAUGUGGAAUGACUUGCCUGUGGUUGGCAUACUUCAUCACGUUUUGGCUGUUGAAGCUGAACUUUUACAACAGAGUGUUCCAUACACAUUUAAAUGUAAAUACGUUAUAAUGCACUCGUUUAACAGCCACUCAUUAAGAACACUAAUAAAAUACGCCAAAAAGUGUCCAACAUGUGCUGCCAUGUGUAUAUUUUGUUAAGGGUUGUUAUUUUGUCAUUUUC